UUGUUGUACGAUAGUGACGGUCUUCCAUUGAAAAUCAUUGGUCUCGAGGCACAAUUGCCGCAAUUGCAAACCGCUCAACAACAGCAAAAACAAUCGUUGUAUGAUCUUCAACAACUGAUGACUCAACGAGCCACGAUGAUUCCUCAGUUGAUCAACGCCAAUGGCGCGUCCACAUCGUCGAUGCUGAAUGUGGCCACAACGUCGCAGAUGUGCUCGUCUUUACCCCCUCAACUGCAGUCCAUAUUCGCUCUGCAACUCGCUGCAGCCGCAGCAUCUCAACUACCUCUUAAUGCUGCCACCUCAGCUUCGUGCACGGCUCAAGCCCAUCAAGCUCAGGCUCAACAACAACAACAACAGCAAUCCCUUUCUCAGUCGCAGCAGUCAACCUCGAUGCAAAUCGGUUCGGCGACAACUUCAUCAAAAAGCGCCCUAGAUAUUUCGCCGUUAUCACGACUGCAAGAGGCCGAUAGCAUUGCCUGUGGAAUGGGAAGUGAUCAUCGACUCAUAAAACCAGUAGCUGUCAAAAAUGAAGUUUGCCUUAUGGGUGAUGAUCCGAGUGGAAGCUUGGGCAAGAAGCUGACUGCGUCCAGUGACUUUACACUCAGCGCUAGCAUUAAUCCGUUAAGCUCAGCUUUAUCACUGGAGAAAUUGUUGGAAGAAAAUUUGAAAGAGCCAGCGUUAUCGGUCGCAAAAAUGCUUUUGGUAGAGAAUAGUCGAGCCGAGAUACGGAAACGUGAUGAACUAAGCGCACAGAUCGAGCAGUUGCGAUGUGAGAAUUGUAUUCUACGUAGUGCAUUAUCACGAAAUCCUCUCUGCCUACAACAGCAGCAACAACAACAACAACAGCAACAGCAACAAUCACAACAACAACCCAUUCAGCAAGCACUGAAUCAGAAAGCCUCAAUUUGUUGA